UGACAGGCUCCACGGCGCUGCUCUGCUCCCUCCGCACCCUUACACCCUGCCCGGGCAUCUCGGGGAAGGAAAAUUACUCUCACAUCCCACCUCUGCUCCACCGUGAGACCAAGGAGAAGACCAAGAACUUCUGCCCGAGGCACAGACUUUCACUAUCGCUUUCAGGCUGGCUGCAGCAGCUCUCUCCUUAUCGCCACUGAGCAGUGGGGAGGAAGGCGAAGCGGGGCUCGGUGCCAGGGCCGGCGGCGAAGCUCUGCAGCGGUUGCACAGGGCGAGUAAACAUGUGCGGCGCUCGGGUCCUGCCUGGUAGCAGCAGCAGCAGCCCAUGAUGCUGUGCUUGGAAUGAAGUCAGCCUUCAUCAGCCGAAUAGUUUAUGCAUGAAUCGAAACUUCAGACCUGGCAGGGUGGGGGAAAGCGCAGGAUCUGUGCUCUUUUAAAAUGCUGGAGCCAAGGAAGGAGGAGGGGAUAGAGGAAAUAGCAGGAAAAUAAGGCUCGGGAAGUGGGGAGUGAUUUGAGAAGCUGGAUGAGUUGUUCGCUCUGUUAUUGUAAGGAGCCAAGUUCCUUAAGCAUCUCCUGGUGGAUACUAAGAGGGAGCUGUGGAGGCUGGAGCGCUCCCCUGGACACUCGCACGCUGUAGCUUUAAGACUGUUUUACAGAGGACUUGGGAUUUCCAGUUUUCCUGCGCCUGGUGGAGUAUUUCAGGGAGUUACAGGAUUUUUCGGGUCAUGCACCCCCUUUUUCUUUUUUCUUCCUCCUUUCUCUUCCUCUCCUGCUCUUCCUUUUCAUUUCAAAGAGACAAAGCUACUUCAGUUUGGAGCACAAACAUAUGAUCAGCACAUGGAAAUGUGGUAAUUUGGAUGCAUUCAUGAUUGCAACAGAUUGAAGAAAUUAGACCAGACAAAGAGCUUUUUUUGGAAGAGGAGGAGGAGGAGGCAAGGCAAGGAGGGAGGGAGAGUGGGGGAAAGAAGGGGACGCCACCGAAAAAAAGGGACGGCCGUGACACGCGGAUGCUAAUUAUAUCCUGUAGUAAUGGAGAGGGACCGGAUUUCAGCUCUGAAAAGAUCUUUUGAGGUCGAGGAGGUAGAUCAGUCUUCAAAUUCCUCCACUCCACAAAGACGGACCCCAAACCCCCUCCUUAGGUCCACCGUGUCCAGCUCCACGCAGAAGUUUCAGGAACUCGGCGCCAGGAAUUUGGAGCCCCCUGCCCGACAUGUGGACCUCACAGGCCAAAGGUCACCCAAGCCCUCUCUGAGGAGGGUGGAGCUCUCUGGACCCAAACUGCCUGAGCCGGUGUCCAGAAGAACACAAAUCUCCAUUGACAUCACAUCCAAGCAGGUGGAGAACUCCACCUCAGGGUUGUCAAGGUUUGGCCUCAAAAGAGCAGAUGUGCUGGGGCACAAACCCACUGAGAUCACCCUCGGCAAGCCCCAGGAGCCGAGUCUCCGGAGGGUGGAGGCGCCGGCAUCAAAGAUCCCUGAGAUGCCUCAACAAAGAGCUGAGGUGGCCGCCGCUGCCGUGCCUGACACGGCCACCAAGCGCGUGGAAAUUCAGGUAGCCAAGGCUGCCGAAGUCCCGGCCCCACCGGCGCGGCACACGGAGAGCUCAGAGCCUCCCUUGGCCACCCAGCCCCCCCAGGCAGAGCCAAAGCCACAGCCAGUGCUGAUGGAGAGCCCACCGAAGAGAGAAGAAGGUCCAGAAGCAGUUCCCAGCCAGGCACCCGGCAUGACGGAUGCUCCGAGGGAUGCUGGCCCCAAGCAGGCGGCGCCGGCGCGGCCGGAGAAGCCGGCUGCAGACUUCGGCUACGUGGGGAUCGACGCCAUCCUGGAGCAGAUGAGGCGGAAAGCCAUGAAGCAGGGCUUCGAGUUCAACAUCAUGGUCGUGGGUCAGAGUGGCUUGGGGAAAUCCACGUUAAUCAACACCCUCUUCAAAUCCAAGAUCAGCCGGAAGUCUGUCCAGCCGACUUCUGAAGAGCGGAUCCCCAAGACCAUUGAAAUCAAAUCCAUCACUCAUGAGAUUGAAGAGAAGGGGGUUCGCAUGAAACUGACGGUCAUUGACACCCCAGGCUUUGGAGACCACAUCAACAAUGAGAACUGCUGGCAGCCCAUCAUGAAGUUCAUCAAUGACCAGUAUGAGAAGUACCUGCAGGAGGAGAUCAACAUUAACCGGAAGAAGCGGAUCCCGGACACGCGUGUGCACUGCUGUAUAUACUUCAUCCCAGCCACCGGCCACUCGCUCCGGCCGCUGGACAUUGAGUUCAUGAAGCGCCUGAGCAAAGUGGUCAACAUCGUCCCUGUGAUUGCCAAAGCCGACACGUUAACGCUGGAGGAGAGAGACUACUUCAAACAAAGGAUAAUGGCUGAUCUUCUUGCCAAUGGCAUCGAUGUGUAUCCUCAGAAGGAGUUUGAUGAGGACUCCGAAGAUCGGCUAGUGAAUGAGAAAUUCAGGGAAAUGAUCCCGUUUGCAGUGGUGGGCAGUGACCAGGAGUACCAGGUUAAUGGAAGAAGAAUUCUUGGAAGGAAGACCAAGUGGGGAACCAUUGAAGUGGAGAACACAACACACUGUGAGUUUGCCUACCUGCGGGACCUCCUCAUCAGGACACACAUGCAGAACAUCAAGGAUAUCACCAGCAACAUCCACUUUGAAGCCUACAGGGUCAAGAGGCUGAACGAAGGCCAGAGCUCUCUCUCCAACGGUGUGGCCGACAAGGAGCUGGUGGCUAACGAGAUGUAACCGCCCCGCAGCCAGGACCUCACUCGCUCGUGCUCGCUCUUUCUCCCCUCUCCCCCCUUUAUUUUUGUAUAAACCCUCUGCCACUGUCCCCCUGCCCCUGCCCCGACCCCCUGCCCAUGUUAACUGACCAAAUAACCAGGCGCCGUCUCUGUCCUGCGGAGGGGGUGACCGCUCAGCCGCCCCGCUUGGUGCCGCAGCUUUUCCUCUCAGCCCCUGGGCCCAGCAGCCCUGGGCUGGGGGCUGCCUCCCUGUGGCUCUGGCCCCCAGUGCUGGCACCACAGCCAAGCUCAGUGGAGCAGAUCCAUGGGGUUGGAGUGAGCCUGGGAGCCCUUCUGCCUCUCGGUGCAGAGGCUCUUCUCCGUCCAUUAAAGGCGAGGGUUCUCCAAGAGGAUGUAGCCUUUGGAAGCAAGGAACUGGUAGGAUGAAGAGAGCAGGGUGGUGCCAUCCUUGUCUCCUGCUGCCUCCUCCAACCCCUCUGCAGCCAGCAGAGCCCUCUGGGGCCCGCCAGCCCCCAACCCUUCUACCCUACCUACAUGCAAUAAACUGGGAGUGUUUAGGUGUCACCUUGCCUGUCACCAACCCCUGGCCAGGCAGAGCCACCUGCUUUGGGAGAAGUGCCUUUUCAGACUGUUACCUUGCAAUAGUGUGGGAGAGGGGAGGGGAGGCUUGCCUUGUCUGUCUGCAGCCUCCAAAAGGCCUGUGAUGCUUUGAAGAGACUCCUUUUCCCUCUCCCUUGGACCAUAGAUGUGGCCAGUGUCCUGGGAACACUUGUCUAUUUAUUUUUCAUUCAGCUGAGUGAGAUUUUGUCUGCUGGAGGCUCAGAGUGUGUCUGUCCAAAGGGGGCUGGGAGUGGAAUGUCUCUGCAAAGCUAGUGGUGGGAGGCAGAGGGUUGUCCUGCCUGACCCUUGUGAUUCUUGGACUUUUCCCUAGCUCACAGGAGGCUGUUUGGUAUUUUUUAAUUACUCUUUCUUUCUUGUUUGGCUGCCCUGUGUGUAUCUGUAACACACUGCCCUGUUCUCCUAGGCUCUGUGCAAGGACACUGUGCAUGUUUGGACCGAGCCCUGCAGCCCUGGGAAGGGCUGGGGCAGUGGUAGAUGCUGCCCCCCGUGGCCCCUCCUGCUCUGUCUCCCCUUCUCUGUGUCCCC